AAUGACAAGGGCACAAGAUUGUGUAGGUGUUAUAUAGCUUUUUUUAUUUGCACCUUGCAUGACGUUUUUCCACCUAACUCAGCGAGGGGAUCUCAGAGCUAUGGCUGACUCUCGGGCUUGGAUCCUGUUUUUAUCAACUUCGGUUUUAUGUUACCUAACCGUUUCAGUUCACUCAGCUGAUGACAGUUAUCCCGUUCAAAAAGAAAUGUUUGAAGGUUUUCUAAAGAAUCUUGCUGAAAAACAGCCAAAAUGGAGGAAACUUAUAAAUUCGAUUCCUGAAAUUCACGGGACUAUACUCGCUCUAGAAAACACACACAAUGCUGCCUACAAAAACCUAAUGGAAGUUGGAAAUGACGACAAGAUAGAUGUACAACUUUCUAAGAUGAAGAGAAACUCGGAAGUUUUGUCUCUCGAUAUAAAAAACUCGUCUGUUGUAAGUAACUGUCAGCGAGAUCUCACAUUGGUCUUUUCAAGUGCUGAAGACAAGUUGGGUGAUUGGCAGACUCAAAUGAUAGACUCGUCCGGUAAGUUACAAAGUGGGAUCUUUAGAGGAGCUUUAGUGUGGCCUGGAAAAUUCCGACAGUGUGUUAACGUCAAGAUACCCGACAGACAACUCGAUAACGAUACUUUAAGUUUCAAGAGUCAGUAUAAUAUGGUGGCGACGGUGGUUGUUCUCCAUGAUGGAAGGUAUUUGUAUCUAAGUAUGGGAAUCUGUACUCCAGACUCCUGCACCACAGAAGAACUGAAAAACACCUUAUCUAUGGGUAACCUAAUCAUAG